CACCUAUAAGGCCUAAAGAUUCGGUUCCUGAAAUUUUUUCUGGUACUAGAGUUUCUUAUACUAUUAUUUCUGAUAAUGGUCUUUCUAAUUUGAAUGGGCAUAUUAUUCCACUUAAUAACAAUGUCAAUGAAUAUGAAUGGGAUUUAAAUCCGAUCCCAACAUUUUCAAGAGCUAUGUUUAACGUAAUGAAGAAUAAUACUUAUAUACUGUAUGUAGUAUAUAAUGAUAGUAGUUGGGACAUUUUCAGCACGAAUGUGGAAAAAUUCAGAAAUGACUUUGGUUAUGAAAAUCCAAAUGUUAUUUCAACUUAUCCAAAAAUUAAUGAUACUAUCUCACCACGUAUAAGUUCUAUAAGCAUAACAUUUUCAA